AGAGGAGGAGCGGCGGCGUGGCUGCGUGUCUGUCUGUCUGCAGGACCGGGCGUGGCCUUUGGGAGGACUCUCGUCCUGACUCGGUGAAGGUUCCUUCUCCCUCUUCCCCCAACCCCUCAACCCUCCCCGGCGAGGCAGCCCACCCAGGAGGGCUUUCAUAUCAGCCCUCUGCCGUGUGCCUGCGUGAAGUUGCUGACAUGACUGCUGCUGGGUCCCGGUGCACCGGUAGCGGCGGGGAACCGGAUUUAAAGGGGAAUUGUGCUGCAGACAAUGCACAGCAGCAGCAUCUGGAGCAGCCCCGGGGACUGGAGCUCCGGUUUUGACAUUGCUACACACACAGCACCAGCCGCAAUGACAGCAGCUGCCUGGGGUGGCUGCAGGCAGCAGGCAGGAGCAUGAAGUGAAGAGAUCACUGCAGUGUUCAAGAUGAACUCCUCUUUGGUUGGCAACCAGAGUGGCCGGCCUUUCUGUCUCCUGGCCAUUAGCUAUUUGGAGACCAUCAAUUUUUGCCUCCUGGAAGUGGUUGUUAUUGUGUUCCUCAUGGUGCUGAUUAUUUCGGGCAACAUUAUUGUGAUAUUUGUCUUUCACUGUGCACCUCUGCUGAACCACCACACCACCAGCUACUUCAUCCAGACUAUGGCGUAUGCUGACCUCCUGGUGGGCGUGAGCUGUCUGGUGCCUUCUUUGUCUCUGCUGCACUACCCUAUUGUUUUAAGUGAGUCCUUGGUUUGCCAAAUCUUUGGUUAUGUGGUGUCGGUGCUGAAGAGUGUCUCCAUGGCCUCUUUGGCGUGCAUUAGCAUUGACAGGUACAUUGCCAUCACGAAGCCGCUGACCUACAACACUCUCGUGACCCCGUGGAGGCUUCGGAUCUGCAUACUGAUGAUCUGGCUGUACUCCUGCCUGGUGUUCUUACCUUCCUUUCACUGGGGAAAGCCUGGAUAUCACGGGGAUGUGUUUCAGUGGUGUGCCAAUUCCUGGAACACCGACCCCUAUUUUACCCUCUUCAUUGUGGUGAUGCUUUACGCCCCGGCUGCUUUCAUCGUCUGCUUCACCUACUUCAACAUCUUCCGCAUCUGCCAGCAGCACACCAAGGAGAUCAACGAGAGGCGAGUGCGCUUCAGCUCUCAGGAUGGGGAGGCUGGGGAGGCACAGCCCUGCCCGGACAAGCGCUAUGCCAUGGUUCUCUUCCGCAUCACCAGCGUCUUCUACAUCCUCUGGUUGCCCUACAUCAUCUAUUUUCUGCUGGAGAGCUCUGAUGUCUAUAGUAACCGCAUUGCAUCCUUCUUGACCACUUGGCUUGCCAUUAGCAACAGUUUCUGCAACUGUGUCAUUUACAGUCUCUCCAACAGUGUCUUUCAGAAGGGGCUUAAGCGUCUCUCGGGGGCCAUUUGUGCCUCGUGCGCUCGACAGAGGGUAGCUAAGGACUCCUCUACCUCUAGGAGCAAAAGAUCUUCCAAUGGGUGUCACGUGUAAGACGCCCAUCAGCUGGACUGGGAAGUGCAGGGACAAUUCUGUAAAUUGCAAAAUAAGUUAAAUAUGAUUUUAAGAUGUCCAGAUUUGCAAAAAGGUUUCUGAGAAAUGCUGCUGACACAGAAGAAUCAGGAGCACAUAUCAUUGUGGUCUCACUUAAAAAACACGGCUCUGGAGGAGGCUGUGGAGCCUCACCUCCAUCUUCGUUUGUAAGAAUAAAGCUGUAUCUUGACACUUACCUCUCCAGCUGGUGUGACUGAAUGGAGUGGGUGUCUUGAGAGCUUCGGCAAAAUGUAGUCUUUCUUACAGCUUUACUAGGUUCUUUGGAGAUUCGUGCUUCACAUGUAAAUGAUAGAUCUGAAGUGGAAAUGUCACAGUAGAUGGUGUAUUACAGGGAUUGUUUUAAUAUAUGCCAAAGUAAAUUGACGCAGCGUUCCGGCAUCGUAACAGGAGGGGCCAAACCGCUUGUUUUUCAGUGCUACCUAGACAGGACUCCUAGAACAGUGGUGAACAAUGUGAACCUUUCAGUGUGAAUUUCAAGUCUUGUUGAGCCUGAGUGCAGCGAUGUGAUGUGAGCAGUCAUACACUCCAGAGGACUGAGCUGGCUUCUGUGGCCCGUUUCUCUGGGAGGGUGUGUGUGUGCUAUCAGAGUACGGCAUCUACAUUUUCCUGUUUGUUGUGAAGUGAGAAGAAAAACUUGGACCAGACCAAAUUUAGCAGUUAAAUAAAACGUGUUUUGAUAAGCUAAGAGAAAAUACAUGUCAUUUUAUGAUACAGAGUUGUGGCAGCCACUCGAGGAUGAUGCCAACGUAUGAAAAUGAUUCUCAAACCAGUGGGGAAAUGCCACAGUUUUGUAUGUGGAAAUUUUCUCAAGAACAACUUUAAAAAUAACAUGUCCCUCUUUUUUUUUUUUUUUAAUCUAAAUUCUUCUGAUAUUUUACAUACUGGAACUUAAGGGGAAAGGAAAGAAAACAAUUGUCUUCUAAACAGCUAAGGGAACUAUGCUGUAAAUUUAACUGUAGUAUUUGAGUUAUUCUUAAGUGCACAGAGCUAAAUGAGAGACAUUUUUCUUUAGCCUUUGUGGGAUUAAAGAUGGUUCGAAUAUAGCAGGAGCUAAAUCCUGUUUGCUAAAGCAUAUCUAACCGGUCAGACAAAGUCAGCAUCUGAGAAACAAAGUCUCAUUGACGACAGCUUUUUCAGGACAGCUUAGGUUAAACAUUUUUGGGUCUGUCAUGCUGUCAACAGAGGCAGUAUGGCCCUCAAAUUAGUUAGUUUUUCCUACAGAAUAUCCUUGUUUUUUUACUGAUGCCACAUUGGAGAAUGAAAGGGAACCAAGUGUUCCUGUGAUAACGGAUUCCAGUCUGCUUCAUCUUCUCUCGCUCUGUCCCUGCCACACCUCUGCUCCCAGAGCGGGUUGGAUGCUGUGACAGUUUGCUCUUGGCUGUGCCCCAGUGGGUGCACUGGACUGUGGUGGUGGAGUUGUGGGAGCUCCUUGGUCACAGUGGGAAUGAAAAACAUCAGGGAAAAGUAAUUUGGUUUUUAAAUUUUUGUUUGGAACUGGAGCAAUUCUCCUGGCCACAGGGAUGACUCUUUUUGUUCCAUGGUUUCAGGUCUACUGCUGUUGUAGAUCAAGAUCAUCUUCUUAGUGCUCUACCCUGUUCCUCCUGCAAGCAUACACAUACCCUUCUCUGGUCUUUGUGAGCCCUGGCCUCUCAUCUGCCGUGCUUUGCUCAGGAGGAUGACAAUGUGUGUCUUGUUCUGGCGCAUGCAAUGAUUACUACAGCCCAUCCUGGCUGCUGCACAGCCACAUUUACCCCAGGACAGCCUUGUGAGGCUGCCAGGGAGGAAACAGUGGAGAGCAGCAGGAUGAAGUACUCCUGGCUUGUCAGCACUCAGUGCUGAUAGACAUGAGUUCCUCUUAGAGAGGUAUGCAUGUACUGUUCCUGGGGAGGAUGGGGCAGAACUCCCCACUAUUGCUGCCUAGUUCUGGCUUGAGAACCUGAGUACCAAGCAUGUUGAAGUCAUAUCUUGGUCUGCUUUCAAAGUAUUUAAUGCACAGUCCCAACCUCUCAAGAUAAAUUCCUUUUCAGUCAGUCUGAAAUUUUAAGAACCAAGGUUGACUAAACCCUGGUGCCUUCACAAAUGUUUUAUUGCAGUGUCUAGGGCCAGGGCUUAACGCUGGGAUGCUUGCACAGGCAGGGCAGGUGAUUUGUUCCACAGAGCUCUCACAGCCUGAGUUUUGGUUGGAGACACAGACAGCCGUGGGGAGAGCAGAGUGUAAGGGUGUAGUGAGUCAUUUAUAAACGGUAUAAUAAGCUCACAGCACAUUAGCUGGCUAAUUGUUCUCAAGUGUUUUGUAGGUAUUAUGGCAAAGGUGGGCUUUGGGGAACAGUUUAAGGGCUUUAGUCACUAAUAUCAAAGCGUGUGUGUGUGUGUGGUAUUUUUGGAGCAACCUCUCAGGUAAACUCCCAAUAGCUUUUCUCUGACUCUUCACCUUAUCUAACAUUUCCAAGCCUUUGAAGUGAUGCAGUGUAUCACUGAAAUAGCAUUUGAUUCAAUUUAAUAGAAGAAAAUAAUCUGCUAAGGCCUAAAACCCUAAAAAUGGCAGUUUGAGGUUUAAGUGGAAGCUGGAGAGCAAAGAUUGUUGCUAUUUUUUCCCAUGGCACGAGUAAAGGAUUUAAAUGGGAGCUUUGUGUGACAGGUUUUGAGAAUAUGGAAGAUCCUGAAAAUUGGUAAGGGGUCUAAAUCAUGGCACAGAGAUUGAACUGGAGAUGGAGCAGUUGCUACUUCAGCCAUAAGCCUAGAAUUGUACUUGAAGUGUAGUGGCUGUUACAGAUGCAGAUGCAUGCUUGCAGCUGUUGUUUCUUUGCAGCUAAGGUUCACUUAUAACAUUCCUAACAGCCAGGCUUUUGUUCAGUUGCCUCACUCAUCUCAAAGUCUUCAUCAUCUCAGAUAGUUUCUGAGAGAGGUGAGAAUGGGAGUGUGGAAGUCUCUGAGAGAUGAGGACAGAGAGAGGUUGCAGUCAAUUGAUGCAUUUGAGUUUCAUCCAGUGUUUUUCAGACCAUUUUAAAUGUUGUCUCAGUAGCUUAAUUUUAGUGUCAAAUAUGUCUAUUUUUGUUGGUGUUAAUUUAUUGAUUUAUUUUUUUAAUUGCUUUCUUUUUUUCCCCAAGUUAAUUUAAUGUUGAUGGAGGAUUGUAUGUGAUUAGGUGUUUUAAAUAUUCAUAACACUUGAGUCUGUUGUCUUCAGGGAAAUUCACGGGGGUGAAUCUUGUUCACUGUGCCAACUGUGGAAGGAAUCAUUUUGAAAUAUAUUACCUUGUUUGCUCAGCAGCCCAUUUAACAUCCUUUGCCAUGUAAUUAAUAUGAGGCACAGUAGUCCUUUUCAUCACGAUGUGUGCUAUGAAUUGUUAGGCAGCAAACUUUCCAGUUGGAUCACUUUCAGCAUUGUACAUAUGAAACUAAUCCUUUCUUGGCUAUAUUUGUAUCCAAGUGUGCCUGCUGCUUUAGAAAUUGGUAUCAAGAGCAUUGCACAGAUAAAUGCCACACAGAGGAGAGCAGAGAAAUCAAAUUACCUCUUCAUAAAAACUGUGUGUUGCAAUAUGAUUAAAUGAACUCAUUUUGAAGUUCCAUCUCAGACUAGUUUUUUGGUUAUUGUUUAUUAGAGCUAUAUCUGCCUCGCUUUCAAAUGAAGCUGCUAGAAGGUUCAAUUUGCAGGAUGCAGUUCGGUGGCCUUUUUUUAGUAGCAUGGGAAAGAUUGCUAUCUGCACAGCUUCUCAGAGGUGAUAAUUUGCUUCACCUAGAACUCUGGAUUUAAAAAAAAAUACUGGAAGUUGAAGCUGUGAUUUUCCCAACAGACUUGCAGAGGACUCUGGAGCAUCGUUUAUUUUACAGUCUCCGAUCGAGUGACAAUAAUUUUUUAACUCAACAGGUAUCUUUUGUGUGAAACACAAUUUCUGCUGUUCUCUAGUGGUAGGUGUUUUUUAAUUAAAUGUUGCUACUUUCUACAGUCUUGGUUUGCUGUUAGUGAUUUAGUACUUGUUUUUAAGCUUCUUAUCACUCAAAGUCACUUCUGCUAGUUGGGAUUCUGACAUGGUCAGUGUCAGAGUACUGUGGGGCCGUCUUGAGUAUUUGUCACAAAUCUUUGACGGGAAGAAAGUGGUACAAAGUACCAAAGCACAGAGAAUAGCAAGAGUAAGGUGAGGUAGUGUGGAGUCUUUCUUACAGCAGAUUCAGAUGAGGGCUUUGGAUUUCAGUCUCAUGCUGCAUCUCUCUGGCAUUGACCCUUUCCUGCUCGUGUAAAGGUUUUACCUGUAAGAAGUCCUAAAUGUCAGCAGUUUGUUCUGAAAACGAGACUUUAAAGGCCUGCAUGUGAUGUGAGAUAGGAACAUUCAGUAGGCAAAUUUCAUAAGCAGAUUUGUCAAUAUUUAUUGUGGUAUUAGUGACUGCUGUGAUGAUAACACACGUACUGAACCUCCACAAGUCAGGAAGGCUGAAACAUUUCAGUCUGAUCUUACUCCACAUCAGGGUUUGAAGUUGGCAGAACUUCUCCUUAUUCACAUUGGUGCUUUAAAAAAUAUAUUUGUGAAGAACUAUUACCUGAGCAUAGGAGUCUGCCUUUUGACAUUAGAAAUAAAAGACUUAUUUAAAGUUUUUUCAUUCAUCUAUUGCAGGUAAUUUUAACUUAAUAAGAGGAGGUAGAGGUUUGGGAGGGCUUUUGUUGUUGCUUUACCACAUUUUUGGUUCUGAGUACUUGAAGCAUCAUUAGAAACAUUUGCCUGACCUGACCUUUCUUUUGUUAUUUAGUAUAGGAACCUUUUCUUCUCUUCUAUGAUGUAGAACAUGAUGACACAUCCUUUCCAUAGUGUCCUUCAAGAUAAACUUGGAUUUUACCUCACUACCAAUGCUAUCUGAGGCUGGCAAAGCACAUGUUUGUAACUGAUGUUCUGCUGAGAUCCAAGAGGUCUAAAGGCCUCUAUUGUUGUUAUAUGGGAAUGGGAGAAGAGUGGCUGUCUUAUGCAGCUUUAAGGAAUGGGCCCGUUGAAAAUGCUGGGAUGGUUCUGUUGGGGCUUCCAGAAGGGGCGAUGCUGGGCGUAACGGUGGCAGAGAGAUGCCCAAGCCAGGUCUCCUGGUGAAGCUCUCCUUCCCUGCUAUCUCAGCUGACCUGUUUCCUUCAGCCUGUCUUCUGCUCAUCUCUUUCUGUUCCUAGUGCUGAAAUCCAGAGCAUGGUUAACAUGGGACUUUUUUCAUCUUGGUUUUCUUUAUACCAUGAAUGCUGUAGAUUGCCUGUGGCUGUGGGCUCAGGUCAGUGUAUGAGAUCUGUGAGUCACUUCAGGACCCCUAAGUCUUGAUAAUAUAACCAGCCUCUCCUUUAGGGUGGUGGGAGAAUCCUCCAUGGUGAAAAGAACCUAUUUUGCACUAAAAGUCUUCUGACUUCUACAAGCCCAUGUCUUAAAGCUUCUCAGUUGUUAUUUCUCUUACUGCCUGUGCAUUGCAGAGGAACCACUUUGAAAGGCAUUUUCUGCAGAUAGGCAAAGGCAGACAAUUUAAUACUAAAUUUAUAUCUGUAAAAUGGGUUUUUUAAAGAGAAUAGCCCUUCAAAGUUAAACUUCACUAUGUGUGAAACUAGAUGCAGUUGUAUUUACAGAAGGAAACUGAAAGCUGAGGCCAGUGGAAACAAAGGAAAGCCCACUGGACAGCUGUGCCUGUGCUAGGAUGUGAAUUGCAGUUCUGCUAAAACAAUGGGCUAUUUAAUUUGGGUCAUAUUCUUUACCUGUUUUUAAAAGAUGGAGUUUAACCUUCUUGCUUUUGCUUUGCUGCACUCAAGGCAGCUCAUCUGUCAGUUCAGCACCUGAACUGAAAUGGAAGGUAAAUGGGAUAAUACCAGUCUGUGUCAUGGUUGGCCACCUGGGCUGUUCUUGCACCAGGGAAUUAAUCUGCUCUGAUACAGUUUUAAUCAGCUUUUCAGCUUUGCUUUUUCCUGUGACACAAUCACUUCUAGACAGGUGAAAUGUUUUGCUUAUGCCUUCAGCUUUGCUGGUGGUUCUCCACUCAGUGUUGACUUCUGUCACCUUGCAGAUUUUGUUCCCAUUGCAGAGCUUCAGAGCCCCAUUCUGUGCUGCUCUAUGUACAUUCAGUGGUCACUGCAAAGGGGAGUGUUUGUGGAUUUCUCCCAAAUCAUAUUUGCAUCUCUCGAGCUUUAGCAGUUAAUCAAAACAUUCAUGUAGAGUUAUGCUCCUGUCUCCUGAUCCAGGCUGUUUAUUUACAACCUCUGCUGUGCUUCAGCAAGACUUGUCCAGUCAAAACCGCUUCUUUAGCAAGUGAAUCUGUGGUUACUUCAAUUGAGAAACAGAAGUUGUUAAAGUUAUCCUUGCUUUGUCCUGGAGACUUUGGGGGGUAGUGUCACAAUCACUGAGCUGAUCAAAGGGCUGCAGGCUCUGUGCUGGGGAGAGACCAGCAGAAGGUCACUGUGGGACUGUUACCCGUGUUACCUGUACAUGGGCUGAUAACCAGGAGCUUUAUUUGCUAAGACAUUUUCAGAAGUGCGUGGUGGAUGCACGUUGCGUUAGGCUGAGUCUGGGUUUAGAUGGAGAAGCACCUUUUGAAGCUGGCAGGUGCAGCUUGUGCAGAGCAGUGCUACAGCUGAGCAGCUCCGCAGCGUGAGGCUGCCCCGGGGGGUCGGCAAGAGGGAAGCGACUCCAAACCUCUCGUUCUGACCUCUUUCUGAAUUAGGAAGAUGAGGAUAGCAGUGUUGUAAUUCGAAGCUUUGGCCUCUCUCUGAUGGUCAUUACUGGAGAUCCUUUAAUUAAAGAGUUAAAUAAAUUCAAGUAACUCCUUGUAAAGAUGAACUCAAAUCUUGCUGUGCAUAUGUGAGUCAUUCUUGAAUGUUGUGAAGACCACGUGAUACAAGCAAUCAAACGCUUAAUAAACCAAGUCAUUACUUUUAUGGCAAAUUGAGAGAAGUUCUUCUGGGAUUUCAACUGUAAAUGAAUCCUUGAAAAUCAGUAAUUAGAUUAGUAAAGGAUGACAUUUUAAUAUGCUGGCAGGAAUAUAGAGGGAUUUGUCAGGGGAAGCAAAACCAGACUUUGCACUAAAGUGGCUUAGGUAUAUUUAUAGUGCUAGUGAUUGUGUGUGUGUGCGUGAAAUCUUUGGACUAUUUUAAUAUAAUGUAAGGCUUUGAGCUUUAGGUAACUCAAGUUGCUCGUUUUAUGAAGUUACAGUAGUACCACACUGUGAAGUAUUUUUAAAUAUUAGCGUUACUGAGUAUGGAAAGUAUUUCAUAAAAGCAUUUUCUAAACCGUUUUCUGUAGAUGCUGUCAAAGGAAUUGAUGUUUGGUGUACAGAGAAUAACCCCCCGAGGGCUGUAAGGUACCUGGAUGUUGCCAAUCACCUCGGUGUUUGAGGGGUUCGGUAUUUCCAUUAAAAUCCACUAAAAACAAUGGUGCAGUUAGUCCUUUCAGAUACCAGGAAGCAGCAAUUACCUCCAGCCACGCUUCUCAACUCUCUGAAGGGAUUUGCAGUCACAGACACUGUCUUCACGGACCGAUGUCUUUAGAAAUGCUGUACAGCACAGUGUUUUGCAAGUUCCUAUGCUGAUGAAUUUCUCUCCAUAUGUAACCUUUGACAUCUAGUUUCUAUUGUACUGGCAUGUAAACACUAGAUUCAAUUUUGUAUUCUUCUAACAAAUGCGACAGGAUGGAAGCAAGUUUGCAGUCGCUACUGAUGAGCUUUUGUACUGUUCUUAAUACUCGUGGGUAUGUCUUUUCUUCAGGGAUUUCAAAAUUGUAUUAGUACCUUUUUUAAUUGUCUUUUUCCACAUGCUGUUUACAAUUAAACUGCAAGCAUGGGAGGCUAUGUGUGCAUGUGCUUUUAGGUUGCUUUGCUGAAGGAAAUACAGAGGAGCAAUCUGACUUUAAAGGAUGCCUGCUGUUCCUUGUGUCCCACCCGUCUCCUUGCGCCUUCACACUAACUGGGACAGCAGAAGCCACUGGUGAGACUUUUUCUGUGUUCUGUGGAGGUUUGACAUUUGUCAGAGGGUCGUUUCGAGGAGUUUUGUUUGGGAGACUGUCCAGCUCCUCACACAAGUAGUGUUACAACUGGUAGUUUUUUCCUGAGAGUGAAAAGGCCAAGAAUAGACAAAAUCACAGGUAAGAAUGUGUAUGUGUGUGUUUGUAAGAAGUUUGUGCACCUUUUUAAUGCUGGAAAUUGUUUUGUAUUCAAAGAUGAGAAAGAGGUGUGAGUGUGAAACCCCUCCAAAGCAGACUAGAAAAGCAAACAGGUGAGUUGGAGUCAGUCUGACCCUUAAUGCUCUCUGAUGCUGUGUUGAGUUCUGACGCAGUGGGGAGUAUCAGGGUGUCUGGCCAGGCUCCUCGCUGUUCCUCAUCUCUGCCUGAGUUUGCUCUGAUUUUGUACUCUGCAAAGGAAGGAGGAGAUGGGUGUUUGCAUACAUGAGGCAGCUGAGGAAGAGUUACUGUUGUGGCUCCAGAGUUCAGUAUUUUGUGCCAACUCUGAAUUGAAGGGGGCAGGGGUACUUCUACCCCAUCGUUUCCAUAGACAUUUCUGUAGCUGAUGUUUUCAACUAAGACUAAUAAUAAGAAAACUACAGUUGAGCCAAAAAUGACAAAUGUUACUGAUUUAAAAUACUACUUGUGUAUUUUUAAAUAUGAAAUGGAACUAUAUAAAUCAGAAGCAUGUAAAUAUCUGACUCUAAACCUUUGCAUAAUUAUUUCCAAGAGGUAAUUUUGCUAUGAACUAUUAAAACUCAAAUGUAUUAUUCCCUUUGAGAUGAUCUGUACCCCAGCUGUGUCAUACAUCUCUUGGCUUGUUUCCUUUUUGCUGUAGAUGUACCUACAUUUAUAUAUAUGUGUAUGCUGUGUGACUGCACAAGUACUGCCGUGUUACGUUGAUGGCUUUAAAAUGCAUCUAGAUGUAUGCACAUGCGCAUCUAUAUGUAAAAUGCAUCUCUGUAAGCAUUUCCAAGCCAUCAGUGUGACACACCAGUAGCUGUAGUGUCACACAGUUUAGGGCUUUGUACAGUAUGUGAUUUGAAGAAUGUCGAUGUGGUUCUUAGCGGAUUUGAUCAACUCUUUUCUGAAUCUGUUAUCAGCACUUCCCAUCCGGAGAGAAACUGCACAUCUUUUUCAGUGAUUGUUCCACUGGUUCCAUUUUUGUCUGCCAUUUGUUCUGGAUUGGUGUAAUCUUGAUACUACUAAAAUUUCAAGGGCUGUUGACGCAUUUCACAUAGCCUAGGGUUGCCUGUUCUCCAAAUACAUGGAUCAUGCAUCAACAGUACUAAGUAGCCUUACUGUUUUGCCUAAAAGCCUAACUAACUUAUUUAAUAUUCUCUCCUUUAAAGAGAGGUCUCUGGAAGGGGUAGCAUACUUUAGGAUGCUCCUGCUCUUUAAAGGGAAACUCAGAAUUGAAUAGCAGUACUUGUUGAUCAGUGAUAUUAUUGUAGCCAAAGGAUGCAUGGAUGGUUUAAUAGGAAGUUUCUGCUUCAAGUUUCUUGAUGAAAUGUAGUGUUCUACAGAGCUGUGUGAAGAGUGUAGUUUUUUAUUCUGAAAUGCACUUGUACACUUUAUUUGAAAGGUCUAAAUGGAUCAUAAAUACAUUUAAGAAAUAAA